CAGUUUCCUGAAUUCCUCACUCCAGGGGUGAGGGAGCCGGCGCGGCGCGAGCAGGACGGCAGAAUCGCCGAGCACGUGGAGUUCCGAACCCGCUCCAGUUCCGGCGCCGCCGCAAUCCGCCUCGCUUCAUCGGGGGAAGCCUCACAGCAGCCGAGGGGACGCGACAAGCCAGGCCCCGCUUUCCGCACGAACUCUUCCCCCGCCCUCCUCUUCCCCGCCUGCCGUCUUCUGGAGCUUGGUUGCCGUGGGGUGGAAAUUCAGCGGAACUUCCGCUGAUUUCUUCACUUGUUGGUACAGAGAAAAUCAACCAUGACAUAAGCUGGAAAGAAUGGGUUACGGCAUGAGUAGGCUAGAAGAUGAAUACUAUGAGCCUGAAGGGCAGGAUACUGAUGGAUCUAGUUCAGUUCAAGUGAAUGAUGAGUUCUCAAAAUUACAUAAUGAUAUUUUCCAUAUGACUCGAAUGAGAUCAGGACUUAGUGAAAGCAUUUAUAAGUCCAUGGGUACCAACAGAGGCAUAAUAUCAACGGCCAAGUUGUUAUCUGGAAGGGAAGUUGAUUGUUCUGGAAAGGGAAAGUUCUCUUCAGGUGACCGUGCAUUUGUUCUAGGUCGCUAUGUUCCAAUGAACGGUCCUGAAUUCUUGGAUAGGAUGGAUUCUCGUGCUUAUGUUUCACAGUUUUCUGCCGAUGGCACUCUUUUUGUUGCUGGUUUUCAGGGAAGUCACAUAAGAAUAUAUGAUGUUGAUAGAGGCUGGAUCAUACACAAGGACAUUCAUGCUAAAAGUCUGAGAUGGACCAUCAGUGAUGUAUCCUUAUCACCUGAUCAACGGUACCUUGUCUACUCUAGUCUGGCACCUAUUAUCCAUAUUGUCAAUGUUGGAAAUGCGGCAAGAGAAUCCUAUGCUAAUGUCACUGACAUUCAUGAUGGAUUAGAUUUUUCACAGCAUGAAGAUGUUCAAUAUGCCUUUGGAAUAUUUUCUGUGAAAUUUUCCUCUGAUGGCCGGGAACUUGUUGCUGGCAGCAAUGAUGAAGCAAUAUAUGUCUAUGACCUUCACGCAAACAAAUUGACAUUGCGUUUACCUGCUCAUACAUCUGAUGUCAACACAGUAGCAUUUGCUGAUGAAAGUGGCAAUCUCAUAUAUUCUGGAAGUGAUGACACAUUAUGCAAGGUCUGGGACAGACGUUGUUUGUCCACAGGACAAGCUGCUGGGGUUUUGACUGGACAUUUGCAUGGAAUAACGCAUAUUGAUAGUCGUGGAGAUGGCCGGAGUUUCAUAUCCAAUGGAAAAGACCAAGCAAUCAAAUUGUGGGACAUUAGGAAAAUGAUGUCCAAUGCUGAUAGUUGUGCAGAUGGAGCCCCGUCUUGGGACUACAGAUACUCAAGGUAUCCAAAGCAGCUUAAACAAUUAAAACAUCCGCAUGACCAGUCAUUAGCUACAUACCAGGGUCAUUCAGUCCUCCGCACAUUGAUCCGUUGCUACUUUUCUCCUGCCUAUAGCACCGGGCGAAAGUACAUAUAUACAGGAUCAUUUGAUUCGAACGUUUACAUCUAUGAUGUGGUUAGCGGAUCGCAAGUUGCGAAACUGAACGGGCAUCAAAAGGCGAUUCGAGACUGUAGUUGGCACCCAAUUGAGCCGACGCUUGUGAGCUCAUCCUGGGACGGCCGGGUGGCCAAAUGGACCAGUGCCCGUGACGAAGAGGCUUCCGAUGUCGAUUAGCCGAGUGAGCAGUGAUCGGUAAUGCUCGUGGUCUGCAGAAACAUACGCAAUCUUAUACGGAAAAACUAAGCAUAGCUCUUCAAGCAACAGAAAGAUCAUGUGUUGUAAAUUGUAAAUUCUGAACAGAAACCAGCUUCGAGUGCCUAAGCACUAUUGUGCAUAUGAAAUAGUUUCAUACUCUGAAUAAAAGCUUCCUACCCUUCGGACGGAAAUUGUGUUA